UCGCUGCGGGGCUUCAUGGGAGGAGUUUUUUACAGCCAGGUCACACCCCCUGCACUAUAGCGCUCCGUACAUAGAAAAAAAAAUACUAAGGAGCGCAAAGCCCGGCCGUCACACUGCUAGAAAAACAUGAUCCAGAGAAGAGCGACUCCUGCGCUUCAACACUUGAGACAACAAUUUCACUGCGAAUAAUUUCAAACCCCACAGACCAUCGCUGAGUCUGCUCCGUGCUCAACUAUUCUCCUCUCCAUUCUCUCUUUCAUUUUUUUUUUUUUUAUCUUUCCUGCGCUGGAUCUUUCGUGCCAGAAAAUGUGCGUGGAGAGCGAUGGAUGCGAGAUUGAAGGCUGCAGCAGUUCGGAUGAGGUGCGCACGCUCUCGGGCAGCAUGAGCCCAGCGCUGAAAUCCAACCCGGACCUUCACCCGUGCAAACCGGGGCAGAAAUUCCGCGCGGCGCUGCUCAGAUGCCGCUCACCGGCUGCUGCCGCCGGUAUCCUCAGUUUUGGGAACGUCCUCAAUUACAUGGAUAGAUACACUGUAGCCGGUGUUGUGCAAGACAUCCAGCGGCAUUACGGAGUGACAGACAGUGGAAUCGGCUUGUUGCAAACAGUCUUCAUCUGCAGCUUCAUGGUGGCAGCUCCCAUCUUCGGUUACCUGGGCGACCGAUUCAACAGAAAGGUCAUCCUGAGCUGUGGCAUUUUCUUCUGGUCCAUUGUUACUCUGCUGAGCUCCUUCAUCAGCAAAGAGUAUUACUGGCUGUUUGUACUCUCCAGGGGAUUGGUGGGUAUCGGAGAGUCCAGCUACUCUUCCAUCUCUCCCACCAUCAUAGGAGACCUGUUCACUAAUAACAGCCGCACCAUGAUGCUCUCUGUCUUCUACCUGGCCAUCCCCCUGGGAAGUGGGUUGGGUUACAUCCUGGGCUCCAGCGCCAAGGUGGCUGCAGGGGACUGGCACUGGGCACUGAGGGUGUCUCCAGUUUUAGGGAUCACCGCUGGAACUCUCAUCCUGCUCUUUGUGCCGGAGCCAAAGAGAGGCAGCGCUGACCAGAUGGGACGCAUCAAGACCCGCACGUCCUGGCUCUGUGACAUGAAGGCACUCGCCAAGAAUCGGAGCUAUGUGUUCUCCUCCCUGGCGUCCGCGGCAGUGUCUUUUGCCACAGGUGCGUUUGGUAUGUGGAUCCCUCUGUAUCUGUUCAGAGCCCAGGUGGUGCAGAAGACGGCGGAGCCCUGCACAAACGGGAUCUGCAGCAGCACAGACAGCCUAAUCUUCGGGGCGAUCACCUGUGUGACGGGUCUGUUAGGUGUGGUCAUCGGGGCGGCCACCACACGCCUGUGCCGCCAGAAGACAGAGCGAGCCGACCCGCUUGUGUGCGCUGUCAGCAUGCUGGGCUCGGCCAUCUUCAUCUGCCUCAUCUUUGUGGUGGCCAAGAAGAGCAUCAUAGGAGCUUAUGUUUGCAUCUUUAUAGGAGAGACACUGCUUUUCCUGAACUGGGCCAUAACAGCAGACAUUUUAAUGUUUGUCGUUAUCCCCACGAGGAGAGCAACGGCGGUCGCCUUUCAGAGCUUCACCUCUCAUCUCCUGGGUGACGCAGGAAGUCCGUACCUGAUAGGCCUGAUCUCUGACGCCCUUCAGGAGAGCUACGCUACGUCAGCGCUGUGGCGGUUCCUCAGCCUGGGCUAUGCCCUCAUGCUCUGUCCCUUCAUCAUCGUCCUGGGGGGCAUGUUUUUCCUGGCCACUGCGCUGUUUUUCCUGGAUGACCGGGAGAAGGCCGAGAAACAGUUGAGCCAGCUGACACGGCCACCCUCCUCAGUCAAGGUAUGACCAGGUGACAGCCACAUGAGGAGCCAUAUGAAGGAGCAACCAAACCCAAUAAGGAUGGAGAUUGAAAAGUGAGGGCAGCUGAUCCACUUCUUUAAAACCACAUCCAUGUUCUCUUCACCGCUGUCACCGCUACGAUCAUCCUCCUCUUGGCUCCUGCUGCUCUUCCCUUCUACACUCUGGUGGAGGCUGCUCAGAACUGGAACAAGGGAGCGUCUUGCCCCUCCUUGAAACGCCUCCAAAUCACAGGUCGGUGAGAAGGCGCACAGCAGUGUGCUGAACCCGGCCGGCUGACAGCUGGUGUCCUCUUCACCUCUGUCUGCCAGGAUCCACUGAACCUUCCAGGGAGGAGGUUCCUGAUGUCAUACUACUGAAUGCUGACCAUGAACCUGCCCUGUCUGUCUGCUUGUCUGUCCAACAGUCUAACUCUAUGUGUCUGUCUGUCUGUCUGUUACAUCGGCUGUCAAUCUGCACCAAGUGCCAUAGCGUCAUUACAUUCCUUCAGACUUUGCACUGACCACCAACAACCCUCAUGACUUCAUCACUGACUAUGUUUACAUGCACACUAUAAUUCAGAUGACUUUGAUUAUGCAGUUUGCGUAUCUCUGCCAGACAGCAGAAGCAGCUGCAUUUAUGAACUGCAGUUUGGUGUCUCUGUUGCUCUGAUGCAAAUCUUCCCCAAUUCAUUCUGCCCUGUAAACAGACAGAAGCUGUAAAAUGGAGCAAAUGAUGCAACUUGUUUAAAUUUGCUGCAGGAAUAUAAUUCACAAGUGGUGUUCAUCUGUUUAAACAAGCCUCCAAUGAUAUGACUAACAUCAAAUUACUCUGCUAAUCUGAAAGGAAUACUUCGCCUGCAAAAAAUACCAUUUGUAUAUCAAUAAUUCACCCCAUGUUACAAUGAAUUUAGGGAAAAAAAACUUUGUAUUUUGCGCCACCCUUCACAGUGAAUGGAGAAUCCAAAAACGAAGAAAUGUGUUUACAAACUCUCACACAACUGGUGCAUCAUCAAGUCUCAUUUAUCCAGUCGUAUGUUCACUAUUUCCUAAAUACAUGCAUUUUCUGUAGGGGUUCUGCAAGGACAAAGUCACGUGGUGAGUGACGCUAGCCAUUGAUUUACCACGUUUCAUUUCGCAUUGACCCCACACACUUUGUGACAGAAUGCAAUGUAUGAUCGUCAAUAACUGUGCGACAAGUUUUUGAUUGACCUUCACUGUCCACCAUCACUGUCCCAGAGGGUUCUGUGAGCUGAGUGGACUAGAAAUAUCAGCUGUUGCUAAAUUGUUUCUAAGGUUUAUCCUAUUAACUGGAGAUGUAACUAAUGUUUCCAUCGCAUAAGAACCUCAUGGGGAACAGAUUGUUCCAGGUAUUGGGUAUUAGGUAAACCCUCAGGUGUAAAGAGGUAAACCAAGUUAUAGCUUCUGAAAAACUUCAGAUUUUGAUUGCAAAAAGCAUAAAAAUAUUAGUGAAUAUUAUUAGUUAACUCCACCACAAGUAAAAGUCCUGCGUUCAAAACCUUACGUAAAAGUAUGUAAGUAUUAUCAGCGAAACUAAAAGUACUUAAUGUAAAAGUACUCAAGUUUUAUGGCCAGCUGAAAAAAAAAAUCCUAGAAGUGUAUUUUCCUGCAGAGAUUCUGCCCUCUGCUUGUAUUUUCUUAUUUUCUGUGUUUAGGACACUGAUAUGUGUGUGUGUGUACCCCUGAAGCACUCUGGUGA